AUGGCCGCAGCCUCCACUCCUUCACGGAACGCGAGUCAGAGGAGCGGUACUGCCGUCUCCCAUCAGUACCAGUACCAGUACCAAAAGAUCAGCGCCCAGAGCAGUCGAGCACUCUCAAAUUCUUACUCCAACACCGUCGACGACGCACGCUGGGGAGGAUACUCGUCAGGCAUGGACGAUCCACUCCAGGAGCCUCUUCAGGAGGGCCGACCUCUGGACUCCCCACUGGCGCCCAGCAGCGCAUCGCUAUACUCGCAAGAGCACGCGAUGUCACGACAGGCGUCUCAGUCGUCCUUUGCCCGUCGCUAUGACCAGAUCGCCGGCCAGAUCGACGAACCAUUCCCUCCGACAUUCACCCCGCAAUCCGAAACGAUACCCGAACAUCACCAAGAAGAGCAAGAGCUGCAGCAAGAUCAUCAUGAUCUCGAGACGGAGCCACCAGAGCGUCCACGUUCAGCAGAUACCUUUCAGCAGGCCGAGACAGCAUUCAAGGAUUUUGACGGAGUACAUUUCAACCCCGAGACGGAAGAGUAUGUGGCCGUGGACGGGGAAGGAAAUGAGAUACGGCGCAUACCUGCGCGGAGCUCUUCUGGAAGUCUGUUGGAUGCCGCAAUGCUGCUACGGUCGUCAAGGCUCCCGCUCAUGCCUCAAGGUGCUCCCCCACCAAGUGAAGGCAUGGUCUACUACCCUGCGCCUGUCCCCCGAAUGCUCAAUAUGCCCGUAAGGCUCUCCAUGAUGCCAUCUCCUGCCGAACAGGCGAAGCGGCGGACGAAGAUAUUGAACGAGGUGCCUCCAGCAGCCAGACAAUCCGCGCCAUGGAUUUCGCCUUUGGACUUUGACGAGGCCAGCGCAGCACAAAGUCCACCGUCUCCUCAGGAAACCACCCCUCCCAAACAGCGUUCGUCUGGUAUGCUGAAUCAGCGUAUGGGCAACAACCUGCAGAAUCUGCCACCACAAUUGAGAGCGUCAAUUUUCUUCGACCCGACGCCUGUAGCGCACAAUGUCGAGGUCAAAUCUGCUUCCGCUGUUGCCACUCUGGACAGCAUUCUUGCGGCGUCUGCGACUGCACCUGUCACGGCUUUCACGGAUCACCCAUACGCAGGCGACGUUCGACAGAGUGUCUAUGCGAUGGAGAAGCCCAGACCUGUGAGGAAGAGCACAGCCACCACUAUUGGUCACAUGGCGACUGGAGGAGAUGACAAGAGCCUCAAAAAACGGCGAAGUAGUAUCGGCAAUUUCUUCCGGCGGAACAGCACGGGUGUCGACGGCGAACUGAAGAGGGUGACCAGCCGUGGAAGUGCAAUGGAUCUGGGAGAAGGUGUGAACGGUCCGCGAAGACGUCAAAGCCAACUCAGUCUGGGAGACGAGCUCGCACGGGAGAACGCCUUGAACAACUUCGAAGGAGGCUUGGUCUCUCAAGCGGCGAACACGGAGCGUAUGGAAGGCGAAUACGGCGCAGAACAGGCCUCGGAACGACCGAAGAUCUACACUGAAGGCGAACAGGUCCGCGCAGAUUUUGAAGAGGCCGAAGCCUUGUCCGAUGUUGAAGAGACAGACCCAGUGUACGUCCAGCCAUCGACUCUGCUCGCCGAGUUACAGGUCCGCAAAGCGCAGCUCAAGUCUAGGAACCGAACUGCGGCUACUGCGUACCCGAAAGGCAUGCACAGUACAUUACUGCAGCUCGACGCUGUAGAGCAGAUUGAGAUGAAGAAACGGCAGAAGUCGCGAAUAGCACUCGCAUGGGAAGAUCCGAAUGUGCGAGGACAUCAAGAUGAGGAAAGUGAGGAUGAAGAUGUGCCACUUGGCGUGCUGUAUCCUGCGAAAGAAGUGCCAGGCCAGCGAAAGUAUGGAGAUACUCGACCGAUCGGUCUAAUGGAGAGACGUGAAAUGGAAGACAAUGAGCCGCUGAGCGCUCGCAUGGCUCGUUUGAACCCUAAUCGGCCGCAACGGAGGCCAGCACGAGCAUCACAAUCCAUGCUACACUUAGCUGGUCAGCCCGACAUGCAACCAGGCGACGAGGCGGAAGGAGAUGGUGAAGGCGAGACUCUUGCCCAGCGGCAACGUCGCCUGCAGACCAAGGAUGCUUUGGAUACUGCUAUUUCGGAUAUCGCCCCUAAACCCGGUUCACGACCGAUCAGCACGUUUUCUGCGGAUGUUCUCAGUCAGUUCGGGGGUUUGGACGCCAAAGAUCGCGGGAGCAAGGGCAGCGAGAAGGUCGAAAGAACCGAAACACCAGAUGAAGACGAAACGCUUGGUCAACGCCGCGCACGACUACAACGUGAACGCUCUGCGUCUGGCGAGGUUGCCGAGACCGAUGAGGCAAAGAAAGGUCGACCCGCUCUACGGUCAACUAACAGCAUGGGAAACAUUUUGGCCGCCAAUCCAAUUCGACCUCGCAUUCCGAAGAAAGAACAGGAGGCGCCUCCCGGAACACUUCUGUAUAACAGCACGCAAAACCAAGCCAUGCAAAGGGAGAAGCUACGAAACACGAAUCUGCGGUCCGCCGGCCUGCUGAACGACAAGCCCUCUUACGAAGCGGUCGCUGCAUCUCCCCCCGCUGGACUGUUUCCAGGCCAUGACGCCACGAGCCGCCGCUCCACUGCCGGACUUCUCGCCAGCCAACGCAGUCGGCCCGCAAACGGCCAAUUCGGCGCUGGAAUGUAUAACCAGAGCAUGGGUUUCCCAGCCAUGCCCAAUCCCAACAGCAUGUUCAGCUUUGCCUCCCCGACCGCCGCGGCCAUGGGCUACGCCGGUAACAUGGGCAUGAUAAAUCCUAGCAUGAUGGGCUAUCCUGCUGUUGGUGGUAGGAUGCCUGGCUACGCGCAGCCUCAGCAGCAGCCGGCCAUGGUGAACCCGUCAGCGUACUAUGGUCUCAAUGCCGGCGCGCCGUCGGUGACGAAUAUGACGGCUGGUGCUCCCUCGGUAAUGAACAUGGGAUUGCAGCAACCGGCUACGUAUAACCCCAUGGGCGCGGGAGGGAUGCAGUAUGGCGCUGGGUUUCCCGGACAGCAGACAAUGCCAUAUGGCAUACCGAUGGGGAUGAACAUGGACUUGCCGUUGGAUCCGAAUCAGAGGGCGGCCAUUGAUCGGUGGCGGAUGGGGAUUGCUUGA